AACAACUUGGCAAUCCAGCGAAUAGAUAUUUUGAAAACUUUCCAUGUUGAUACUGAUGGAAAUGAUACAGUAAAUAUUUGCUCACCUUGCAUGUUGGAUGCAAGUUCGUAGCCAUAGUGUGGAGAACCAAAGAGUGCCUUCAUUUUGGAAAUAGACUACAACAAACGUCUCAUUGCAAAUCGUCCGAAUCGUCGUUCCGAAGAUGUUACUAAAGAUUAGACAUGCGCUGCUAGAGAUCAGUAAUCACCCAGUGACUAAACAGUCGGCUAUUAUUAUAAACAAUGAAAUUAUUAUUACUUCUGGCUGUAUACUCCAGCCAUAUGUACUUCCAAAAACGCCAUUCGUGGCAGACCCAAAUAUAGAGGAUGUCUGCCCCAGCACGAAAAUCCUACAUAAAUUACAUCAAUGUCAGCUAAUUAAUGUGCAAGAGGGUAAUAGUGAUGAAGCGAAGCAUUUGAAUGCGCUGAACUACCAGGUGACAUUCGAUCGACGCAAAUUACCACCACCUAAUGAACGGCGGAGGCAGCCGCAUAUACUAACGCGUUACUGUGCCAAAUUGCUGUUUCUCUUCAGUUCAGCGGAUAUUUCGCGACAUGUAUUACGUUUUCUGGGUAAGGACAAUACAGCGGCCGAAUCUAAACCCAACAACGAAGUGCUGCUUUCCAGUUUUCUGGUGUUAACCAUGCGUUGCGAUGGCGGAAAAGAGAAUUUUGAUCGAUUCUUACGGCAUAUUGAACAUUACUUACGCUAUCUGCAACCAAUUCAUACUUUGGACGAUGUACUGGUUAUGUGCACGCCAUUCGGCUUGGAAAACUUCUUUAAGACAAUAAGCAUCGGCAAAGUAUCGAAUGUGAUGGGCCGCGAUGGUUGUCUAUUUGUGCUGUCAAAUGCGUUGGCGCUAGGUUGUGAAGGUGCAGCUGUGUUCAAUAAUAAGCUGCGCUUGAUUGGCAUGAUAAUGUGCACUUCCUUUCAGCGGCAACAGGAGAAUGUCAACUUGACUUUAGCGGCGAAUUUCGCUUUUAUGCUACGCGAUUUUAUGCGUCAAUUAGGCUUAAAUAUAACUUCUAUUCGGGUGCCGAGAGAUUCAUCAAAUUUUCCAUGGGAGCGCGCUAUGGUUGUAAUUGAGGCAGCUGGCAGUCAAGGCACUGGUACAUUUGUAAAGGUGCUGAAUAAGAAAUUUAUACUCACAUGCACACAUGUCGUCUUCAAGCUAAAUUCCAAGGCAUUUUGUCGCAGCGUAGAUGGAGAAUUCGAGUCGGAAGUGCUUUGGCGUAAUCCACAAUGCGACCAACCUUUUGAUGUUGCCUUACUGGCUGCACCAGAUAACAUUCCAGAACGCUAUUGUGUACGUUUGUCCAAUGCCAAACCGUCGCUCGGCCAAACGGUCUAUAAUGCAGGCUUUCCCUACUUCGUUAACUUCAAUUUGAAAUACGAUUUCAAUCCAGCCAUAUUUCAAGGACGCAUUAUUAAAUGUUCACCUGGCGCGAUUAUGUCUGACGGUUGUGUACAGGCUGGACAGAGUGGAGGUCCAAUGUUUGAUGAUCAGGGUUGUAUUUUGGGCAUCUGUGUGUCAAAUAUAAAAGUUGGAAAUGUGGUGUACCCGAAUUUAAAUACUGCAGUGCCUAUUUACCAAAUACGAACAUGGUUGGAGCAAUAUGCGCGGACGAAUGACAUAAAAGUAUUAAGUAACUUGGUGGCUAAUAAGGAAAUGCAGCGUAUAUGGGCUUUAGAAGCGCCGCCGAUUUUAAGUAAAUUAUAGUAGGUAAACAUGAAAUGGUGGUAUUCUUGAAACUAAUGGUGUUACAUCAAGCGUCCACUUCCUAACAUACAUACAUACAUAUUACGGCAACCCUUAAAAUAUAAACAUUAUGUAGUACCCUUCAUUUUGUCUAUAUGAAUAAGUUUCAAUAAUAGAAAUUUUAAAUUUAUAAGAUUUCUUCAAGUAAAAAUUUUGUAGAAUUUUUGCGAUAUUUUUUUUUUUCUUAAACCCUGGUAGUAACUAAAAUAACUUGCUUUAAAUUUUCUAGAUGGUUUUAAUUUUAUAUGCAGAACAAAACAAAAGGGUGCUCCACAUAAAAUUUAUAUGUUAUUUUAAGGACCUUCGUAACACUAUGUUUGUGUAUAUAAAUCAAUAAUUAUUAAUUUGAUUUUCAAGCAUACUCAAAUGUAUAGAAAUGUUUUACAAAUUUGUAAACCCAAGUGAUUUAAAUAUAAAUAUUAGAUAUAUUCACGACCCGGUGCAUACUGUUUAGCAUGGUGCAUACAUAUCAUAAAUAAAUAGCAAUAGUUGUUUUUCAUGUGUUUGGAUAACAACAAAAUAUGCCAAUCAUGCUCUUUAAGCUAUCUAUGCACCAUGCUAGACAUUGUGCACCGGAUUGUGAAUACCCCCAUUAUAUAUGUACAUAAAUAUAUCAUUACUUUAGUUAAUAUAGAAUGACCCUAAUUGUUCCUCACCUUAGGAGCCCUCCCUUCUAUAGUAAAAAAUUUGUACAUAUAUAUUGAGUUCAAACUUCAAUAAACAAGUAUGUAUGUA